AUGGCCAACGGUACCCAUCACUAUACCGUUGAUCGCAUCGGAGCUUCACUUGUCUAUGAUGGGAGAGGUGUAAAUGGGCAGUUGGCAGAUCCUGCAGUCAACAUAGUGUUUGUCCACGGUCUACGCGGACACCCUAGGCGAACAUGGGAGUAUAACAGCGCGUGUCGAGACGGCACUCGUGGAACGGAGGGAAACUCGUCCAGAUUAUCGUUGUUGAAGUUCUGGUCGAAAGUGCCGCUCUCGCACAGCGUGGAUGUCAGCACAAAGCGAGCAAAAACAGGGGUAUUCUGGCCUGCAGAUCUCCUCCCGUUUGUCAUUCCCAACGCGAAGAUCUUUUCCUACGGGUAUGACGCCGAUGUCAUCCCGGGUAUUUUUAAGAGUACUAGCAGGAAUAGCAUCUUGCAUCAUGGAAAUGAUCUCAUGGUGAGGUUGGAGCGGGUAAUGGAUAAUAAGAAACCCAUCAUAUUUGUCGCACACAGCCUAGGUGGUCUCGUUGUUAAAGCGGCUGUGCAAAAAUGCAAAACAAGUUCUGACAUGAGAUAUCAAUCCCUAUAUCGCCGCUUCGACACAGUCGUGUUCUGUGGAACACCACAUAGAGUGAGCGAAGCAGGUGCAUGGGGCAAAGUAGCCCGUAAUCUCGUUGCUGCUGCAUUACGGGAUUCGAAUCCGAUCCUGGUCAGGGAUCUGGAAGUCGAUUGUCGGAUGCUCGAAUGUAUCCACCUUAACUUUCGAAAGAUCCUUCUCGAGGGCAGAAUCCGCAUACACACAUUUCAGGAAGGGCAGGGGCUAAAAGGAGUGAAGGGAUUUACCGGAAAGGUUGUGGAUGAUUUCUCCGCUCGCGUCGAUUACAAACCUGAAACCGUUGAGACGAUAGACGCCGGUCAUCUAAACAUGGUGCGGUUCAAGAACGAGAGAAAACCCGGUUUCCGAGCCUUAUCUAGAGUAUUGAGGAGAUAUGUAUUGACAGUGAACGAGCGGAAAUAUACACUAUGUAUACGCAAGGGUAAUGAAUAUUUCAAACGCCGCAUCCUUUUAUCUUUCCUGCAAGACAGAGAGAAAGCUCUCCGUUACUUUAUCCGAGCGUGCAGCCUUCUCAACCCCAUUGACUUCGACCGACAGACGUACGUUUACUCGAAGAUGAUGUUUGUCGAAAUGGAAAUAAGCUACUAUUGUCCGUUUCCUCGACCAAAACAAGCUCAGCAUCUACAUCAAGCCCAUGGAUAUGGGCUACAGGCCCUUGAAAAGGCCCAGCUAUUAAGAGACGUCACCAAGGUGGCUGAGAUCAAGCUCAUGCUGGCGUGUGUGAAAGCCCGAGAAGUCAAACUUGAUUAUAUCAUGGAAGUUGAUGAUCGGAUUCUAUCCAGGAAACGUGAGUUGAUAAUGAAGGAGAUCGGGGUAGCGAUGAAUAAUGUACGGACUAUGAAUCCGUCCAAUAUAACUGAGUUUGAGCAAUGGGGGAAGCGAGCGUUUAUGUCUUUAGAGAAAUUAAAUCUAGUUAGCUUGAGCGAGUAG